AAAGUUUGGACAACAAGGCUCUCCAAAUGGAAGAGACAAUCAUUGACCAAAUAAAGGUACAAUAAUAACUUUUAUACCUUCGUUUGCGCAAAGGUCGAGCUUUUGUAAGCGAAUGAAAGUAGCAUCACCGUACUAAUAACCACAUAAACUUCCCGACGUGUUGCUUCCUAUAGCAGGCAGAGGGGCGCAAAGGUUCUCGCCCGUCAGUGACCCACCAGCAGUAGAGCGCGGUUUUAUGACCUGGCACGUUUUGCUCCCCCUUGAUCAUUAGUGAGCCGUUACACACCUAUUCAGACAUGAAAGAGCUGCCAGGUUAGUGUGUUUUACCCAGCUCUGAUGACAGCUGCAUCCUCCUUGCUCGUGCGUAUUGGCAUGCAUCGAUUUCAGACAGCGGGACUUUAUUGGCUAGGCUAAUUUGUUGAUAAUACUUCCUCCUAAUGGACAAAUAUAAGUAAUUUCUAAACAUUUACUUAGUUAUUCUCUGAAGAUUUAGCUUCACGUUGCGUAAAAAUUAUGUUUCUUUCAGGUUUCACUUUCUAUCUGUCAUUGUCUACCUCACACAGACACAACAUUAGCACCGUUAUAUACUUAACAAAAAUGUAAACGCAACAUGCAACCAUUUCUACGAUUUUACUGAGUUACAGUUCAUAUAAGGAAAUCAGUCAAUUUAAAUAAAUUCAUCAGGCCCUAAUCUAUGGAUUUCAAAUGACUGGGCAGGAGCGCAGCCAUGGGUGGACCUGGGUGGGCAUAGGCCCACCCACUUGGGAACCAGGCCCAGCCAAUCAGAAUAAGUUCCCCAGAAAGGGGCUCUAUUAUAUAGACAGAAAUACUCCAGAAGUUUCAUCAGCUGUCUGGGUGGCUCGUCUCAAACGACCCUGCAGGUGAAGGAGGUCCUGGGCUGGCAUGGUUACAUGUGGUUGUGAGGGCAGUUGGACAUACUGCCAAAUUCUCUAAAACAAUGCUGGAGGCGGCUUUUGGUAGAGAAAUUAACAUUCUAUGGCAACAGCUCGAGUGGACAUUCCUGCAGUCAGCAUGCCAAUUGCACGCUUCCUCAAAACUUGAGACAUCUGUGGCAUUGUGUUGUGUAACAAAAUUGCACAUUUUAGAGUGGCCUGUUGCUGUCCCCAAUUUAAGAACUUUAGCAGUACAAAUAUGAAUGCUCAUAAAACAUGUCCAAAAAAUAUUUAAAAAAACAACUGACUUGGUGUAAUUACCAUGCUGUUUAAUCAGUUUCUUGAUAUGCCACACCUGUCAAGUGGAGGGAUUAUCUUGGCAAAGGAGAAAUGUUCACUAAAAGGAAUUUAAACAAAUGUGUGCACAGAAUUUGAGGGAAAUAAGCCUUUUGUGCAUUUCGAAAAAUUCUGGGAUAUUUUUUUAUUUCAGCUCAUGAAACAUUGGACCAACACUUGACAUGUUGCCUUUUUAUAUUUUUGUUCAGUAUAUAUAAAAAAGUAUUUGUCUGUUUAUCUUCUAUAUUUUGGAGUACACCUAGACACACGUUGCCCAUCCUGUUAAUGAGGUGUGAAAAGCCCAGAUGUAACAAUCUCCUUUCAUUCCUUCAUUAGAGAGAUCACAUCAAACUGAUAAUUGUUGUCGUGCCCAUCUAAAGAGCCAUUUCCCACAAAAGAAAAUCUAAUUAUUUUUCAUUCUGUUACACAUUAUCCGUCUAUUUCACCUUAUUGGCACCUCGGUGACAACGAACGACGUCCUUCGGGUAAGUCACAUUUUAGCACUUGAGUUUUCUUUGAACUUUCGCUUCAGCUGUGAACUCAUAAACCACAGAGAGCUGAGUCCAUAUAAAACGGUUUCCCAAACCGCUUUUCAGAAUUUGCUCUCCACGGAGCUGCCCGAAUAGCCUAUCAUCGAGGUCACAGUAUGGAGAGCGUGUCUGAGGAUAUUGCUAACAUGGAUUGUGACAUUGAAGUUGUUACCUCAAAAAUGCUUUCUGAAUGGGAUUGGAAGACGCAGGAAAGGGCUUUUGGGAACGGGCAUGAUUCUCUUGAAUCCACAUCACCAGAAUCAUCAUUCGAUUCAAUGUGCUCUUCGCCCGAGAUGUCCUCAAGCUCAACUGGGCAUCAGAGCUUCGGAAAUGUAUCCUAUGGUUUAACAGGACACAGCCCAACCCCGUGCGCAACGUUGAAACAAAUCAAACCGAAGAUGUCGACCAAGAGACGCAUGAAGGCGAGCGAGAGGGAGAAGAUGCGAAUGAGGAGCCUAGCAGAAGCUUUGCACCAGCUCCGCGACUACUUGCCUCCAGAUUACAGUAAAAGGGGACAACCUCUGACCAAAAUUCAAACUCUCAAAUACACCAUUGAGUAUAUAAAUGAACUUUCGGACAUCCUCAACCACGCGUAAUGAUGUGCUGAAAGAUGGCCACGUUUUAAAUGAUGCGUAACGGGGCCAAACUAUUUGGUAUUAGGUGUGGACCAUUGUCAAACCUUUUGUGUUUGGAAAACUAUUGUUGGUUUGUUAAUUGUGAUAUUGGUGCAUUGUGGAUGAUAACUUAAUUUCUCAUAUUGUAUUUAGAAUUGUUCUGCCCCUCAUCUGAUGUAAAUAAUUGUUAUUAUGUGGGGACUUGACUUGACCAUGUAAUUGUCUUGUAUGUGAAUAGGCUAUUCUUGUUUUACAUUAUUGACAUGGAUUAAACAAACAUUAUAUACAA